CCAAUGCGGGGCGGGCGCUGUGCGGCGGAAGCCGGGCCUCGGCGCUGCGCGGGGCCAUGGCCAGCAGGACCGCAGCCGCGCGGGCGCUGGCGGCGCUGGAUGUUGAUGGUACAGCAGAUAAGAUUGAUUUAAUACCUCAAGACUUUUUUGCAGAACUGUGUGAACAAAUAAUUCAGCAUCUGAACCAUAAGAUCCCAGGUGUAAAUACAGCUGAACUGUGUCAGAGAAUGCAGACAUCUGGGAUUGAGAUUACUGUUGGUGAUCUGGAAAAAAUAGCUAACAUUAUUUCCUUUCUGUUUAGCACAGCGGCGAGAAACAGUCUCUGUACAGAAGAACUUGUCACCACCUUGGGCAAUGCAGUCAGCACACUGCCAAAACAUGCGGUUCAAGUUAUUCGUCACGUAUGGAAUGAACGGGGCAAAUCCAUUAGUGUAUCAGAAGAUGCAACAAGUAUGGCCACAGUGGGGCAGUUUGUUGAUAUGAAGUGGAAACUGGGUGUUGCAACGAGCUCUGACUCCUGCAGGUCUCUGAAGUUCCCUUAUGUUACAGUGAUGCUAAAAGUGGCAGACCCUUCAGGACAAAUAACAUACAAGUCUUUCGAAAUGACAAUCCCACAGUUCCAGAACUUCUUCAGACAGUUCAAGGAAAUGGCAGCUGUUCUUGAAACAGUUUGAAGAGAGCUCUUAUUUACACUGAAAUUCUGGACAGACUUGGAUCAAGUAAACUUUACGUUCUGCACAGGCAAUCAAGUGCCGUUGUUCAGCAAGGUAUGUAUCCUUGCAUUGCUGUGAAGAUUUCUUCGCUUUUGAAUAGUUGAAGCCAACUCUGCAGUGUUUAUGAAAAUGUGUUCGGUUUUGUUCAUUUGGGUGGACAAAAGAUUCAGAUGUGCAUGGAGAAGCAUCGCUGUAGACUUUCUAACAUCAAAGAGUAAGAAAUUGUGUAAGAAACUACACAUUUAACUCUGGAGUGUGGAAAGACACCUGAAAAUCUUGCAUGGGAAGUUAACAAUGAGAGAAGUGUAAAUCCAGUGUUAACACUUCUAUCUGUAAAAUUGACGUGUGCCUGCACACAACAGUAAUAUUAAGUAUAUGGCGUAUAUGAAGUUACUGGUAAAAAGCAUACAGUUACUCUUGCAGAAUUGCAGUGUCACAUAGUUAGCUGCAGGUAUUUGCAGAUCUGACUUCCACUCCUCUUUUAAUAACUGGACAAUGUACUUGUCCUAACAGCUUGUUUAUUUCAAAUACUUAUUUCCCACCACCUUGGCUUAUAAAAAUGUGUUAAUGCAUUAAGCUUUUCUGGAAACCCAAAACUUACUCUCUAAAAUGAAGCCCAGAGGCUAAUCUUAAAUAAAGGUAGAAAGGUGAAUUUAAUUCAAAUGCGUUUUAAAUACAUUUUGCCUUUGCAUUUUAAUCCAGCUUUCAUCUGUGGCACUGGGCUUGAUGUUGAUCAGCAGUCUGCUUUCUAAUUAAAUUAUAGUAUUCAUGUACUUGCCUCACUCCAGCUUCUGAACUACAAAAGCCAAGAGAAAACUUAAAAACUCAGGCUGUAGUCUUAGCAAAGCACAUCAGAGAAAAGACGACAAUAAAGGUCCACAAGAUUUCUUUGCUUGUCAUUGUACUGCGUGGCAGGAGCCCACUGGACCAUGUUGGUCACUCUUGCUCUCGAGAAUGUCCUAACCAGCAAAAUUUUGACUCUGAUUCUGAAGGAGAAUGAGGACAUUCCCAAAGAGAGAGUGGUAAAUCCAGUGUGGUUGCAUGCUCUCUUCUUUUUUGUUCAUUUGGUUUGGGUUUUUUUUCUUCUUGAAUUUUGCAUAAACAUAAUGCCAACUGCAAAUAUAGUGAGAGGUAAUAAAAACAAUAUUAUUGCAUUUCAAGAUGUGAUGGUGGUGGAGUAAAGCAAGUAAAUCUGAAGAGAAACCGUUCAUACUGAUAAAGCAGACUGAAGUUCAUGCUGCAACUUCAGAAUGAUAGAGACUGAGAACCAGUUUUGCUGGGACAGAUCCUCAAGUGAUUUCAGGCACCCUUAAGUGACAAUAUCUGCCUUUCUGUUUGACAUUUUGGGGUUUUUUUCACUAACCUUGUUUAGAAGCUGGCUGAAAGUUGUUGAUGCAGGCUAUGCCUGCCAUUUUGUGUCAUGAAAAUAGAAUGUAGCACGUUGUGUGUGCUAUGCACUGCAAUCCUUUCAAUAAAGACACAUCC